AAUUGCCUCCUCCAUCCGUCUCUAAGGUUUCACGCAAUGGUACAUCAGAGGUUCUCGGUGUUGCAGUCAGAUCAGGGACGUGAAUCCCUGUCAUCUUAACUGCCCUUCCAAACUGCGUCCAUCGACAAUAUUGCCAACAGCGGGACUGACUCGGUAUGUUACGCUUACUGUUAGAACCGGUUGCCGUGAUACUCUUUCCUUCAUGUGGUUCCUCAGGUAUAUUGCACUGCGACCCGCCUUAUACCAAGGACUACCUGAACUUUCGUAUAUAUAUACGCCUUGGGUGAUUUUCAUCGUUACGUUUCCAUUCCCUGCCAGGGUCUCGAGAGCGGUACUGACCGAACUGAUAAGGAACGGAGUCGAUUUUGAAAUACUUACCGAGUAUCUGAGUUGCAUCUAGGGGAGCGUUCAUGGCAUGUUGAAUGUAAAGAUUCAAAGUUGAGGAAACACAGAAAGCCAAGGUGGCUACUUCUAGCUCUCCUUCGAACUAUUCCGCAUCAAAUUAGUGCGAGCCAUCGCAUAUUCACCAGUAAGGACUUUCGCGAUCUCCUUAACCAUUUGGCGUCCCCAGUAAAUCCAAUCGGAGUACCUCGUAUCUCGUGGACAUGCCCGAACGCCCAGCUGUCGAAUGCGACUGUUAGCCGAUUGUCUUCACAUCGAUUCCAUGGUAAGACCGUGCAAAAACCCAUUCCUCUAGAGCUUUAGAAUCCAUAGAGUCCGACGAUGAUUCAAGCACCCUCGGUUUGCCUUCGACGCUGGCGUUACAUGUCAACAGGGUAUAGAAGGUGGGCUCCUAGACACUGUUGGCAAUUGCCGCCAUCAGACGGACAACGUUCUUGAGCAACAACUAUAUACUCAGGCGGAGAUACGUCUAAGGGACCUGUGAUGCCUCUAUCCAGGCUUUCUCCAUUCCGUCGAUACGCGUGCCUUGUCUGAUUCUCGAUGGUCUAUUCCAAGUGACCGAUUUGGUGCCAGUCUCCAUUUGGUUCUCACAGAGAACCUUUACUGUGGAACGAUAGCAGAGUCUUUACAAUCUACGGUGUCGCUUCCAUAAGCAGCAUUUGGUCUCAUAAAAGGACAUAUCCUCUGAAUGCCUUCCCCAGUCAUCACCGGGCUGCUGGUUGUAUUGUUAGCAUGGGUGUUCUAUCGCCUGAACAAGAUCGGCUCUAGGGAACCUGGGCUUCCUCCUGGUCCUCCCACCAUUCCGCUUCUCGGGAAUCUUCAUCACUUCGAAACAAGAGGGAUGUAUCUGAAACUUACUGAGUGGGCCAAGAUGUAUGGCGACAUCUAUUCCCUCAAGUUUGGUCCUACCCCAAGCAUAGUCAUCUCGAGCCCGAAAUUACUUCGAGAGUACGUCGAUAUGCACGGUGCAACUACCUCUGAUCGACCACCGGUCUAUGUCGCCGAGCUGGUUUCUGGCGGUUUUGAGCUGCCUCUCACGCGAUACGGUGAAACUUGGAGGAUCAUGCGCAAAGCCGCGCACGAUAUGAUUUCGAAAGAGGCUUGCAACAGACACUUGCCCAUCCAGCGUGCCGAAGCCAGCCAGCUCAUGUUCGACUUGGUCGGCAGUCCACAGCAUUUCUAUACCCACCUCUAUCGUUAUUCUGCUUCAGUCAUCACCUCCGUCGUUUACGGCGUCCACUGUCCAAAAUAUCACGAUAGUUUCGUCGAACAAUUUGACCAUUUCACAAUGCGACUCGAAGCAGCGCUCAGACCUGGAAACAGUCCACCGGUCGAUAUGUUUCCUAUACUGAAGCGCCUUCCGGAAUUUGUGGCUCCAUGGAAAACCCGUUGCAAGGAAGUGCGCAAGCAGCAACGGGAAAUAUUUUUCGGUAUGCUUGAUCUUGUGAUCGAACGUCUGAAGAAUGAGCAGGGUAACGAGUGCUUUAUGGAAUAUGUCGUGGAACGUCAGAAGCAUUACAACCUUGACCGGGAAAUGCUUGGUUACCUCGGAGGUUCGCUCUUGCAGGCUGGAAUAGACACCACGGCCAUUUUUUUACAGUCCAUGGUGGCAUGCAUCAUAACGCAUCCUCACGUUCAAUUACGUGCACAGCAGGAGAUCGACGAUGUCAUCGGACCCGAUAGAACUCCAGACUUCCCGGAUAUCGAGAAUCUUCCAUAUAUUAGAGCUCUUAUCAAUGAGGUUCAUCGUUUCUGUCCUGUUGCACCAACGGCUAUACCUCAUGCAUCGACGACUGAUCUGCGGCUUGGCGAGUACUUUGUCCCAAAGGAAUCGAUCAUAUUCUUGAAUACUUGGGGUAUAUAUCGUCAUGAAGACUAUUACGAGAAUCCGGAUGUCUUCGAGCCUGACCGAUACGUGAAGAGUGAGUUUGGGACAAAACCUGGAGUUGAUCCUACGGGUUGCAGGAACGAUUUUGUAUUCGGUGGCGGUCGACGACGUUGCCCCGGAUCGCACCUCGCGAACAAUUCCAUUGCCCUGAACGCGAUGAACCUUCUUUGGGCUUUCAACUUCAGUCGAGCUAAGGAUCCCGUGACCGGACAACUUAUCGAUGUGGACUUGAACGAUGUCAAUAAAGAGGCUAUUCUUCUAGUUCAAAAGCCAUUCAAGUGUCAAAUAACGCCUCGCAGCGAAGGAAGAGCGAAGAUGAUUCAAGCGCAAUUCGAAGCCGCAAAGGGAACAUUUCAACAGUUCGAGGGACGGAUUAUCUCGUUAACUGAGGAAUAGAUUCGCGAGGUACAGCUCGAUUGAUCAUUGCUCCUGUUCAAAUGUAGCUGUCCAUACCCGCAACCGCAACCUUGUAGAUCU